AUAGGUCCAGUUACUCGGCGUCUGUGUGAGAUAACCAGAAGACCCACUGGUGUUUUAAUAUUUUCAGUUUUCUACGGUUGUAUCUACGAGCAAGACUUACGGACUUUGUUCUCCAUAACCUCAAAGUCUACAUUUACACUACAACUAUACCAUACAAAAAAAGAAUAAUCUAUAUACAUAUUUAUAAAGAUCAUUAAACAGCCUACGACAUCUGUUGGCUAGUGUUAGAAUUUUUUUUUUACCGAACCCGCCAAAGUUUUGUAUUUAUUUUUUAUCACUAUUGUAGUCUAUCGGUGUUAAAACGUACAAUUUUGUUCCAGUGUAUGGGUUAUGGUAAAUGUGUGAGUUGAGCUGUGAAGGAGUGAACUAAAAAGUGUACAACAGAAUAAAAAAUGCAAAAACACACUCGAGAGAGAGUUUUACCAGCAGUUUUGUUUCAUUUGUUGGUCGUGUCGUUGAUUGAGUAUGGACAUACCGAGCAUGGACAUACUGACCCUAUUCUAUUUAAUGCUAUCGGAAAUGUCAUGAGGGUCAAGUUUAAUGGGAGCUGGAUCGAUGGAGCUCGGAGGAAUUUAACAAACUCGAGAAGUGGACGCGGCCCACGGGGAUGUGGAAUGAGCUCGAAAGGAUGGACUAGAGUUGUGGGUGGACAGCCAGCUGAUCCAAAAGAAUGGCCUUGGAUGGUCGCAUUGAUACGAAGGGACUCGGAUCAAUAUUGCGGAGGAGUUUUGGUUACUGAUAGGCAUGUACUAACUGCUGCUCAUUGUCUCUAUGGAGUUAAAAUAAAAAACAUUAUUGUGAGAUUAGGGGAAUACGACUUUUCAAAACAUUAUGAAACACGCUUUCUAGACUUUAAAGUCGUGGACAUAAAGAUCCAUGAACAUUUCAAUCCGUCCAGUUACGAGAAUGAUAUUGCGCUAUUGAAAAUUCACCGGCCCACUAUUUUCAACGAUUAUAUCUGGCCAAUUUGUCUACCACCCCAAGGGAUGUCUUUUGAAAAUAAAAAUGCUAUCGUAAUUGGCUGGGGCAGUCAGUAUUACGCCGGUCCGCAGAGUUCGAUCUUGAUGGAAGUACCGGUACCAGUGUGGCCCCGGGACAGGUGUGCCAAUACUUUAGCCCAGCGGCUACCGGAUACCAUCAUGUGUGCGGGUGCCUAUGAAGGUGGCAGAGAUUCGUGUCAGGGUGACUCGGGUGGACCUCUGCUACAUCAAUUAGGCAACGGGCGGUGGGUCAACAUCGGAAUAGUAUCAUGGGGCAUCCGCUGUGGCGAUCCAGGACACCCUGGGAUCUACACCCGCGUCAACUCCUUCCUCGACUGGAUAUUCGGUAACGCUAUUUUCUGAAGCGUUCAUUUAAAACUCGAAAAAAAAAAUUGGAAAAUCUAAGCGCGUAGAACUUUCUUAUCUGUUCAAAAAAUAAUCAAUAGAUGGCGCGCCUAAAAAAAAUGGCUGCUAAAUUUUUUCGUAAAAACGCGACUUAUAAACUUAAUUUUUUUUAUCUUUGUAUUUUUGAUUGCACGAAUCCUAUUGAAGAUCA